AGAACACCAGAAAAUAAAACAGAAGAGAAUGCAGAUUGUAUGGGUCGUUUUGUCUCCCUCAAAUGAUUGUGAACUACUAGAAUACGUGUUUCCACUAUGCCCACUGCAUGUCAAGCAGAGAAUGAAGAGUGCUGUACUGAAAGAAAUUAAAAUCCUCUCUGUAAUAUGCUUCUGCCUCAAAAAAUAAACAAACACAAAAACACUAAAAAUGAGUAUCAAUUAGUUUCCCCCUUCUCUUUUGCUUUUGCAGUGAGUUGGUGAGGACAAAAGGCGAGAGGACAAUGUAUCUGGUUUUCAUCCCUUUUCUUAAAGAAGGAUGUGGAAAUAAUAAAGGAAGUUCAAAGGAGGGCCACAGAAAUGAUCCAGGUCCUGGAAAACAAGCAUUACUGAUGUAAGGCUUAAGGAGCUUAUCUUACUUAGCUUAAUUGAAAAGAAGGUUAAGAGGUGACUUGAUCACUGUGUGUAUCUGCACACACCUUUAAAAAGCACCUGAUAGUGAAUGGCUUUGCAACUGUACUGACAAAAGCAGAACAAGAUUUACUGCCUUGCAAAGUUGGCAGGCGAGUUUUAGAACAACCACGAUCACACGAUUACCUAGUGCUGAGGAUAACUGAGCAGUGGAACAGCUUACCAAAUGGUGAACUUGCCAUCACCUGAAAUAUUCACAAUUAGUUAUCUGCUUAAAAGACACUGUUUUGUCCAGCUUCUGGGCUAAAUCGCGUGGUCUGUGAAUGCAAGGAGAUUGAUUGGGCUGGAUGAUUUUUGAAGCCCUUUCUGAUCUCAAAUCAUGUGAAUCUAUGAGUUUUCCUGUUUGUCCUUUAAUUCAUGGAUGUCAUAAGGACAAUGACAUUGCCAGCAGCUGCAAUCAAUAGGCUCGUAACAGUUGCAGCUUUGUAUUAACACAAUUCAAAUCUCUUGUUUCAGAGCAUCAUCUGUUCAGCUAUGGAACUGAGCAAGAUUUAUGCUGGCCUCACCCUUUAACAUGUAUUCUUAGGACAAUUUCCCUUCUUUUUAAGCAUCAAAGAGUGGCUAAAAAUGGAGGGGUGGCGCAGGAUGGGAUGAUAGAGCACAAGAAAUGGCAGGCCAACUCAUCUUUUUUGAUGUCUGGCUAAUCUUCCCACUUUGUAUGAUUAAGGUCAAACAGAUUACCCGGUUAUUUUUCUUCAGGCAGAUUAUUGUAGGAAGGCUUUAUUCUUCCCAGGAGCACGGGGCACGGUUUCCAAGCUGGGCUCAUUGGGGUAUUCUCCCUAGGGGAUAUUAUCAGCACCCCUGGCUGAUUGUUUUAUAACUUGUGAGGCGAAUUUUCUGGAGGACCUAAAUGUUUAACCCUGAUGAUAUGAGGAAAACAUAUUGUCUUGCAAUAUCCGCAUGAGGGAACAAAGCAACUUUUGUUCACCUCAGCUUUGGGUACGGCCAACUCCAAUGGGGCCAUGCCAACCAUCACCUGUCCUGCUGCCAACUUCCCGCAGAGGUUCCUCGGCGUUAAUUACCCUGUUUAAUCACAGCCAGCUGUUACAACAGCCAGAGAUCGGUGGCAGUUCCUAGUAGGGGGGGCUCCCCACCCUACAGCAGCUCUACCUGCCCGGGGCUGGCGGGGGGGCUCGGGGAGCACCUGAGGCAGCCACGGAGGAGGAGAAGAAGGAGAAGAAGGAGGCGCUCGUCUCCUGCCACUGGGGCUCUCCCAGCGCCGGGGAGCCGCGGGAGGAGUUACCUGGCCGAGCUGUGGAGGCCAUUUCUCGGGGAGAAACGCGCCCGGGGGCACUGGGUGGCAGAGAGGAUGCCCGUGAGGAGCCCCCCGCAGCCCUGCCCGAUGCCUUUUGAGGAAAGCAGGGCUUGAAAUCCUCCCUCCUCUUCCUCCCGGGGGACUUCCGCUGCAUGGAGGAAGACGCUUUUUACUAGAGAUUUAACUUGCUUAAAGAUAUCAAGGUUUUGGGAUACACAAAGUGGAACAGGAUCGCCAUGUUUCGAAACAGUCUCAAGAUGCUUCUUACAGGAGGGAAGUCAAACCGCAAAAACAGGUCCAGUGAUGGAGGGAACGAGGAGCCACCAGACCGAAGACAGGCAAGUGUAGACUUCCGUCAGAGCCGAUCUGGGCAAGGCACCUCCACAGAGAACGACUGUGCUUUUGAACCAGACUACGCUAUUCCGCCACUCCCAGUGACCGAAGGUAUGCAGCACAUUCGGAUUAUGGAGGGCAUGUCCCGCUCCCUUCCAUCCUCCCCCUUACUCACACAUCAGUCUAUCAGUGUUCGGCUCCAACCUGUGAAGAAGUUAACUGCCCCUUUGAGGAAGGCAAAGUUUGUUGAGAGCCCUCGAAUCCCAGAAUCUGAGCUUGGCUCACCAACACUUUCUUCAGCCCAGAAACUGGACGUUGAUGCAUACUGCCCUGGUGACGCUGAGCAGGAGCUGGGACCCCCUCCAUCCGUAGAUGAGGCAGCAAACACACUCAUGACUCGCCUGGGCUUCCUCCUCGGAGAGAAAGUCACGGAGGUACAGCCAGGGCCCCAGUACAGCAUGGAGGUGCAGGACGAGAACCAGACCUCCGCAGGAACGCAGCGCAUAAGCCCCUGCUCCACGCUGACCAGCAGCACGGCCUCGCCGCCAGCCAGCAGCCCCUGCUCCACCCUGCCGCCCGUCAGCACCAGCGUCACCGCCAAGGACUGCACCUAUGGGGCCGUCACCAGCCCCACGUCCACGCUGGAAAGCAGAGACAGCGGUAUCAUAGCUACUUUGACAAGCUACUCAGAAAAUGUGGAACGCACGAAGUAUGGAGGGGAGAGCAGUAAAGAGCUUGGAUCUGGAGGAAACCUGAAACCCUGGCAGUCCCAGAAGUCCAGCAUGGACUCCUGCUUGUAUCGCGUGGAUGAGAACAUGACGGCCUCAACCUACAGCUUGAACAAGAUCCCGGAAAGGAACCUGGAGACGGUCUUGUCCCAGUCAGUGCAGUCUAUUCCUCUUUACCUUAUGCCACGGCCAAAUUCCGUAGCAGCCACCAGCUCGGCCCACCUGGAGGACCUGGCAUACCUGGACGAGCAGAGGCACACUCCCCUGCGGACGUCCCUCCGCAUGCCGCGGCAGAGCAUGGCCGGUGCCCGUGCACAGCAGGACCUGCGAGUACGCUUUGCACCUUACCGACCUCCUGACAUCUCUCUGAAACCACUGCUCUUUGAGGUUCCCAGCAUCACCACCGAGUCCGUCUUCGUUGGCCGCGACUGGGUGUUUCACGAGAUAGAUGCUCAGCUGCAGAGCUCAAAUGCCAGCAUUAACCGAGGAGUGGUGAUCGUUGGCAACAUAGGCUUUGGAAAGACUGCCAUCAUCUCCAGGCUGGUUGCGCUCAGCUGCCAUGGCACACGUAUGAGACAGAUCGCUUCGGAUAGCCCGCACGCCUCCCCAAAACAUGUGGAUGCAAACAGAGAGCUGCCCUUAACCCAGCCGCCGUCUGCUCACUCUUCGAUCGCCAGUGGGAGCUGCCCCGGGACUCCCGAAAUGCGCCGGCGCCAGGAAGAGGCCAUGCGGAGACUAGCUUCACAGGUCGUCGCCUAUCACUACUGCCAAGCGGACAAUGCCUACACCUGCCUGGUGCCUGAGUUCGUGCACAACGUGGCCGCGCUGCUCUGCCGCUCGCCGCAGUUUGUCGCCUACAGGGAGCAGCUCCUGCGAGAGCCCCACCUGCAGAGCAUGCUCAGCCUGAGGUCCUGUGUCCAAGACCCCAUGGCCUCCUUUCGGAGGGGAGUCCUGGAGCCCUUGGAGAAUCUGCACAAAGAGAGGAAGAUCCCCGAUGAAGAUUUCAUCAUAUUAAUUGAUGGCUUAAAUGAGGCAGAAUUUCACAAGCCAGAUUAUGGAGACACCAUAGUAUCAUUUCUCAGCAAAAUGAUUGGAAAAUUCCCUUCCUGGCUGAAGCUGGUGGUGACAGUCAGGACAAGUCUACAGGAAAUAAUUAAGCUGUUGCCCUUCCAUAGAAUAUUUUUGGACAGACUGGAGGAGAAUGAAGCCAUAGACCAGGACCUGCAGGCGUACAUCCUUCAUCGGAUACACAGCAGCUCGGAGAUCCAGAACAACAUCUCGCUGAAUGGCAAAAUGGACAACACUACGUUUGGCAAGCUCAGUUCUCACCUCAAGACUUUGAGCCAAGGGUCCUACCUGUACCUAAAACUCACUUUUGAUCUCAUAGAGAAAGGAUACCUAGUACUAAAAAGCUCCAGCUACAAAGUAGUGCCAGUGUCUCUGUCAGAAGUUUACCUGUUGCAGUGCAAUAUGAAGUUCCCAACGCAGUCUUCCUUUGAUCGGGUUAUGCCUCUCUUGAAUGUGGCAGUGGCAUCUCUGCACCCAUUAACAGAUGAACAUAUUUUUCAGGCCAUUAAUGCAGGUAACAUUGAGGGCACUUUGGAGUGGGAUGACUUUCAGCAGAGGAUGGAGAACCUUUCUAUGUUUCUUAUCAAACGUAGAGAUAUGACGCGAAUGUUUGUUCAUCCCUCUUUUCGAGAAUGGCUUAUUUGGAGAGAAGAAGGUGAAAAGACCAAGUUUCUCUGUGAUCCUAGGAGUGGCCACACAUUACUUGCCUUCUGGUUUUCCCGUCAAGAAGGAAAACUAAAUCGACAGCAAACUAUUGAACUGGGACAUCACAUUCUCAAAGCACAUAUUUUUAAGGGGCUGAGUAAAAAAGUUGGGGUUUCUUCCUCCAUCCUCCAAGGGCUUUGGAUCUCCUACAGUACCGAAGGCCUUUCCAUGGCAUUGGCAUCACUGAGAAACCUCUACACCCCAAACAUCAAGGUCAGUCGGUUGCUGAUUCUAGGAGGUGCAAAUGUGAAUUACCGGACAGAAGUUCUGAACAACGCCCCGAUUUUGUGUGUCCAGUCUCACCUGGGGUACACGGAGAUGGUGGCUCUGCUCUUGGAGUUUGGUGCUAAUGUAGAUGCUGCUUCUGAAAGCGGCCUGACUCCCCUUGGAUAUGCUGCUGCUGCUGGAUUUCUAAGUAUUGUUGUGCUGCUGUGCAAGAAACGGGCCAAGGUGGAUCACUUGGACAAAAACGGUCAGUGCGCUCUGGUUCACGCUGCUCUCAGGGGACACUUGGAAGUGGUGAAGUUUCUGAUCCAAUGCGACUGGACCAUGGCUGGGCAACAGCAGGGAGUGUUUAAAAAGAGCCACGCCAUCCAGCAGGCACUGAUCGCUGCAGCCAGCAUGGGGUACACAGAGAUUGUCUCCUACCUGCUCGAUCUUCCAGAAAAAGAUGAAGAGGAGGUGGAGCGAGCACAAAUCAACAGCUUUGACAGUCUUUGGGGAGAGACAGCUCUGACGGCGGCGGCGGGCCGAGGGAAGCUGGACGUCUGCCGGCUGCUCCUGGAGCAGGGCGCCGCCGUGGCGCAGCCCAACCGGCGCGGGGUGGUCCCGCUCUUCAGCGCGGUCAGACAGGGCCACUGGCAGAUCGUAGAUCUCUUACUCACCCACGGUGCUGAUGUGAACAUGGCAGACAAGCAGGGGCGGACGCCGCUGAUGAUGGCUGCAUCCGAGGGACAUCUGGGCACAGUGGAGUUUCUGCUUGCACAAGGUGCCUCCAUCUCUCUGAUGGACAAGGAGGGCUUGACAGCGCUCAGCUGGGCUUGUCUGAAGGGCCACCUGUCUGUGGUGCGUUCUCUGGUGGAGAACGGGGCUGCCACUGACCAUGCCGAUAAAAACGGACGCACUCCGCUGGACCUGGCUGCUUUUUACGGCGAUGCAGAGGUGGUUCAGUUUCUGGUGGACCAUGGGGCCAUGAUCGAGCACGUCGACUACAGCGGGAUGCGGCCCCUCGACAGGGCAGUGGGGUGCCGCAACACCUCGGUGGUCGUCACCCUCCUGAAGAAAGGAGCGAAGAUAGGUUGUCAGACGUUACCGAGUCGCCCACGAGGUCCAGCAACAUGGGCGAUGGCAACCUCCAAACCAGACAUCAUGAUCAUCCUGUUGAGCAAGCUGAUGGAAGAGGGAGACAUGUUUUAUAAGAAAGGUAAAGUGAAAGAGGCUGCCCAGCGCUACCAGUACGCUCUCAAGAAGUUCCCCAGGGAAGGGUUUGGAGAAGACCUGAAAACCUUCCGUGAGCUGAAGGUGUCGCUCCUUCUCAACCUCUCCCGAUGUCGAAGGAAAAUGAAUGAUUUUGGAAUGGCGGAGGAAUUUGCCACUAAAGCACUGGAGCUGAAACCGAAAUCUUACGAAGCUUACUAUGCAAGAGCAAGGGCCAAGCGCAGCAGCAGCAGGCAGUUUUCAGCAGCCCUGGAGGACCUGAACGAGGCCAUCAAGCUGUGUCCAAACAACCGUGAGAUCCAGCGGCUGCUGAUGCGGGUGGAAGAGGAGUGCAGGCAGGUGCAGCAGCAGCAGCAGCAGCAGCAGCAGCCACCGCUCCCGGUGGAGCCCGAACCCGAAGCCCAGCACGAAGAGCUGUAUUCCGUGCAGGAUAUCUUUGAGGAGGAAUACCUUGAGCAGGAUGUCGAAAAUGUUUCCAUUGGCCUGCAGACAGAGUCCAGGCCAAACCAAGGGCUGCCCAUCAUCCAGAGCCCACCGCCGUCCCCUGCACACAGGGACUCUGCCUAUAUUUCUGGCUCGCCUCUUGGCUCUCAUCAGGUCUUUGAUUUCAGGUCCAAUAGCUCCGUGGGUUCGCCGACCAGGCAAGGGUACCAGUCCACAUCUCCUGCUCUGUCUCCGACACACCAAAACUCCCAUUACAGACCUAGUCCUCCGCACACUUCUCCUGCGCACCAGGGCUCCUCUUACCGCUUCAGCCCACCUCCCGCUGGAAGCCAAGGGAAAGAAUAUCAAAGCCCACCACCUUCUCCUCUCCGCAGAGGCCCUCAGUACCGUGCCAGCCCCCCUGCAGAAAGCAUGAGCGUCUAUAGGUCCCAGUCCGGUUCCCCAGUCCGUUAUCAGCAAGAACCUAGCGGCGUCAGCCAGCUCCCCGGUCGGCCAAAGUCUCCCUUGUCCAAAAUGACCCAGCGAUCCUUCCAGAUGCCCCAGAUGCCCGUGGCGGUGCCACAGCAGGGCCUGAGACUGCAGCCAGCGAAGGCCCAGAUCGUCCGGAGCAACCAGCCCAGCUCUGCCGUGCAUUCGAGUACUGUAAUUCCGACCGGUGCUUACAGCCAGGUGGCCCACUCGAUGGCCAGCAAAUACCAGUCGGCGUCAGGGGAGAUGGGGGUUAGUCAGAGCAGGUUGGUCUACCAGGGCUCCAUCGGGGGGAUCGUGGGUGACAGCAGACCCGUGCAGCACGUUCAGGCCAGUCUCAGCGCGGGAGCCAUCUGUCAGCACGGAGGCCUGGCUAAAGAAGAUCUUCCCCAGAGGCCGUCCUCGGCUUACAGGGGGGGUAUGAGAUACAGCCAGACACCCCAGAUUGGGCGAAGUCAGUCUGCUUCCUACUACCCGGUGUGUCACUCGAAGCUUGACCUGGAGCGGACCUCCAUUCCCGCCAGCCAGCUUGGCUCUCCGGACGUGUCUCACCUCAUUAGAAGGCCCAUUACGGUUAACCCCAGUGAAAUAAAGCCUCACCCACCGACUCCGAGGCCGCUGCUUCAUUCCCAAAGUGUUGGCCUCCGCUUCUCUCCUUCCAGCAAUAGCAUUUCAUCCACCUCCAACCUGACUCCCAACUUCCGCCCAUCUGCUUCGAUCCAGCAAAUGGAGAUCCCUCUCAAGCCAGCCUAUGACAGGUCGUGCGAUGAACUUUCUCCGGUCUCUCCCACGCAGGGGGGCUACCCCAGCGAGCCAGCACGUUCCCGGACCACACCGUUCAUGGGAAUCAUAGAUAAAACCGCUCGGACUCAGCAGUACCCCCACCUCCAUCAGCAGAACCGGACCUGGGCUGUGUCGUCUGUGGAUACUGUAAUUAGUCCUACGUCUCCUGGCAAUCUCCCCCAGCCAGAAUCAUUUAGCCCACCCUCGUCGAUCAGCAACAUUGCCUUUUAUAACAAAACCAACAAUGCACAGAAUGGCCAUUUGCUAGAGGAAGACUAUUACAGCCCCCAUGGGAUGCUGGCCAAUGGGUCCCGGGGAGACCUCCUGGAGAGAGUCACCCAAGCCUCCUCGUACCCCGACGUCAAGGUGGCAAGGACACUGCCUGUAGCGCAGGCCUACCAGGACAACCUGUACAGGCAGCUCUCCAGGGACUCCAGGCAAGGGCAGACGUCCCCAAUCAAACCAAAGAGACCAUUUGUGGAGUCUAAUGUGUAAAAGACGCUUGUUGGAGUAAGACCCUUAUGUUUUCAGCACACACUUCCAAGCUUGAUUUCCAUGCAUAUUAUUAUUACUAUUAUUUUUGUUUCUCUUUGGUAGCUACAUGAUCAAGUUUCUCCGGUACUUUCUGUGUGGUGGUCAAACAGCCAUGCACGUGCUCCAGCCCUUCUGUUACCCAGCUGACUGUGAAGCCAACAUCAGCCAAGCCAGUAUCAUUUGCCCAAUUCCAGCUAAGUUCCCUCAGUUUUCAGCUGUCAACCAGGAUAUUUUAGUACGUGGUGUGGGGUAGUCCAGAAAUAACCCCUACGCAGUGGGAGGUAACCAGCUCUUUUUCAAGAGACAAUCGCGUUUCAAUUUAAAUUGGUUUCUUUUGUCUCGAUGAGCUCUUACACAAUUCUGAUGAAAAUUCCUAGUGGGAACAGAGCAGGGAUCCCAGGAGCCUUUUCAGAGGCCGCGUCCGCAGGUCCCCGUGCCAGCCGGGUUGUUUCUCUGCCCGUUUGUCUCUUUGCCGACGAAGAGCGAAUGACCCGCGCAGAGCAGGGCGUCGUUUGCUCUAACGCGAAGUAGCUAUGCACAGUCACCAUCCUGCUUCAUCUGGUUUGUAGAAUUUUAAUCGGAAUUGUAUUUGUUAUUUCACCGCGUAAUCUGCCCGAAGGGGUGGGGAUCACGAGAUGCUUUGCUACUUUGCAGUUUACCUUCCAGGUGCCCCAACGUUGAUUUGCUCUGGGGGCAUUUUACAGGUUUGCAGAGAUUAAAGCUGGCCCUUUGUACGUGUUUUGAGCAGCCAAGGGAAUUGGCUAGAAGCCUCUCGUGGACUGGGAUUGCAACAACUUCGUCACACCAGUAGCAGAUGACUGCACCUCACACAUACAACACUGCGUUUUCACCAGGACAGUUUUAAUGUUGGGGUUUCCGUUUGGUUUUGGUGUUUUUGUGGGGUUUUGGUUUGUUUGGUUUUAGUUUGGGGGAAUUUUUUGGCUCACGAGGAAAAAAAAAUCGACUAGGAAAUCCUGUUCAAGGAGGAAAACUGCAGUUUAUUUUUCUGUUUUGAUGGGAUGCGUAACAUGGCAUCGUGGCCCGAGACGGGAAGGGUCCGAGGAGGUAACGGUGGCCAAGUCCUUCGGCAGCAUCACUUCCCCUCCGCGUGCUCCUGCUCUGGGACACCGUGCCGGAGCGGGGCUGCACCCCUCUAAGGGAAAUGCUGCUUCCUUAGAGCUGCAGGAUCCAUUCCCAAAAUCCUGGAAAGCAAUUGCCCUGUUCCGUACCUGCAAGUGGUACAGAGGAUGUUUUGCUCCUUAAGGACCUGUAGUUGAAAGAGAGAUAUUUAUAAUUUAUUUAUGCACUCUGUUUCAGGACAUUUGGGGGGUUUGGCUGGUUUUCUCUUAUUUUUUUUAAAUCAAAUGCAAAUCACGUCAAGACAGCGUGAAAAGCAGGGGACGCUUCCAAAAACCUUUUUACUGAAUUUUUGAGUUAUUCUCUGGAAUUUGAGGGGGGGCUGGAGGGAUGCUUCAUUUACUGCUGGUUGUUUUGUAAUCUGCCUUUUUCAGUUACCAAGGACAAACGGUCAGACGAGCUGGGGGGAGAGCGAUAAACGUGUAGCUUGUUUUAAAGCAAAAAUAGUGCCUGUUGCCCAAUGCUGAAUGAAUCUCACCCAUAUCAACUCCUAACAGCAAAAGGGAUUUGGUGCUGAGCAGGAAGAGCGAGCGAUACCUUUCGGUGUUUCCAAAGGGCUAUGCGAACCCAGCCGUAGAUUGAAAAAUUCCUUGAACCAAACUGCAGAGCCCAGCCUCAGCUGGUGUAGACGAGUGACGCUGAUUUACACCAGCUGAGGACAUGGCUCAAAGCUCUAAGCAAACCCUGGCUGUGGUCGGGCUGUCCUGCGCAUGGAUCAGCACAUCUCGUCGUUAUCUCACCGCCUCAUUUGCUCAGACCAACCCGGGACGCGCGUACCUUGGGAUGAUGGGGGCUUGUGUCUCAUAGACACGUUGCGAGUAUUCAGGGGGGUUUUCCUCUUCAGGCUUUGGAGAUGCUUGCGCUGUUUUGGCUAUUUUGUAUUUGUCCAAGCCAGUAUUUGUAUUGAGGUUGGCGUUUUCCUUCUCAAGUGCGGCUCGGCUCUGACCUUUGUUUUCUUAUAGGGCUGUAGAGCAGGCUGUAGACUCAGAGACCCCUCAGGAGCGCGGGUCCCGCGGCCAUGCCGCCGGUGCACGCCCUGCUGCUCUCCUUGGAAGGGAUGCGAUGGUUUUUGUUCCUCUUUUGGAAGUGGUGUGUUCUGCUUUGCAAGGAAUAACUGAUUUCUUUCCCUCCAUGUACAGCACGCCUAGCUAGCUAGCAACAUGCAUCCGUGGGUCUGCAGCAGCAUCAGUCGUUUUGCUCAAAGCCUCGCUGCCUCUGCUUUCCCAAAGAGUGAGUGGCUUUCUGCCUUGAGUUGCUUCUUUGCAAGGGAAAAGUAACCAAAUUCAGCCCCGUUGCUAUUUUGUACGGUGGAGUGAGACAUGCUACAGCUAUAAGCCGGCGUUCUCAGCUGAGAUGCCAACGGGACGGUCCGUGUUGAGGAGAGCGUUGUAAGAACUGCCUGUGCUUUGCUUUGCUAUUCACUGCCAUGUGGUUCCAGUACUGUACUCCCGAGAUGUCCCCUAGCAGCACUUCUGUGUGUAACUUUGGGUUCGUGAAGGUGUUUUAAGGGAACAACGAAACAGCUCACACUUUUACCACUAAGAUGAAUGAAUGCUGAAAUACUGCAGCAUGCAGGUUUUUUCACAAGACCACGUGUUACAUUUUCACAGGAUUCUUGCACUAAUGGUUUACCAUCUGUUCUCUCUGUAAAUGGGUGCACUUUACUGUUUGAAUUUGUUACUAUGAUAAAUACUGGAUAUUUAAGCGUGAGUAGUGUCUUCAUUAGAAAAUAGCAAAACAACUCUUGUCUCUUAGUGUAUUUUUCAAAAAAGAAAAAAGCAAUGAAUCAUAACAUUUAUAGCACAAGAACUGACUCUUGUAUAUAAGCAUCAACAGAUGGAGUAAUUUUUAAACACAAAAUUAUUUGCAGUGGUUUUAAAGCGCUUCCCCAGCAAUUCUCUUAGGGACAGCUGAGGCUUGAUUGCUGCUGUAGUCGCUGGGCGGGCGAGGAGCACACCUCUCCCUGGAAAAGCUGCUCCUUUCGCAGUCCCAUGUGUCCUCAAUGUCACGAUUCAGGUUUGGCAUGGACAAAAGCAGAGGUCAUUUCAUAUUUGCAGUCGUGCGUGGUCCUGUUGUAAAGUGCCCUGAUUUCACCCGACGUCCCUUUGCUGUGUCAUCUUAGAUGUAGACCUUAAAGACACUGCGCUGUAUCGACCGUCCGUGCUAUGCCUUUAGCCUCUUUGAAUAAUUAACAUUUGGGAUGCUGCUGCCAGUCGGUGCCUCCAUCCCCUCCCCUGGCUGCCCUGGUGCCACCCGCGAGCCCCUGCCUUGGCAGCGAGUGGGACUCGUCGGGUACACCAAGUAAACCAGAUUGUUGGUGAUGCUGAAACCCUCCAGAUUUGGUUCUUGGGGCGUAUUCGGUAGGCGAUGCUGGAGCGAACACCUGUAUUUAGCCACAGUACCCACCAGAUGUCCCUCACACUCCGCACGCGGUUGCUCGGCACUGGAUGUGCCGCAGAGCUGAAAUAUCUGCCAGCUCGGGGCAUCGGUGUCUGCUGCAUCGCGGUGUGGCUUCUCCGGUUCUGGUUUGUGUCCCAGGGGGAAAGAUGCUCCUGUCCUGGAGGCAGGGAGCCCUGCUGGGUGGGGAGGUUGUGCUGCUCUCUGUACCAGCCACCUUAGGAAUGGCAUUAAGGGCUUUGAAAAUAGUCGAGAGAUCAUUAUAAAGUGCUUGGAAAAGGAAAAAUUUUCCAAAGAUGAGGCCCUUGGAGGCUGUCUCCGAAGGUAAAGGCACAAUGCAGCUGGUGCCACCGCCUCGGUGCUGCUGCUUUGAUUCGAUGCACGGGAGGGCGAAGGCUGCUGCUGGGUACCUGCGGUGCAGGGGCUUCAUCCGAGCGCUGACCUUUGCGUUCUUCUUUAGCGUGGCUGUAAAGAAAACUGCUUAUCUAGUGUAAACGUGUGUGUGCAUAUAACAAAUACCUAAGCCAUAGUUGGGUUAGGUCCUGAACCAGGGUGGCUAUGAAAUUUGCAGCGAUUCAGUCCCCCCGUACCAAGGUUGUUCUCUAUUCAGGGUUACCCAGAAGAAGUCUAGCUAAAACCGAAGUGCCAGCUCCGCCUUAUCUCGAGAAACAAGCAAGCCAGCGUGCCUGCUCGUGCUCCACCUUCGUUGCAAAGGUGGGUCCUGGGUCAUCUGUUGCAAGGUCUUUGGUGGUUGUACUUUGAUUCGUCUUUGGGGGGGGUUCCAGACGACUCCUCUGCUGGGAUUAACAGUGUUUAAACAAGGGCUUAGGGUAAGAGCUAUUGUCCCUGCUGCGGCACGGCGCGGUGCGGGGACCUCUGCAGAUAAAUGCCUUCGCUCCCUUCUGGUUGCUCGACGCGAAGUCUGGUGGGGUGCAUUUGGACACAAGCACAAUGGUGAAAGUCAAUCUGCUUUUUUCAGAUUUGCUUGGAUAAUUGCUGGAUUUUCACUCAAUCAAACUCUUUUUCUAAUUCUAAACCACUAAGGGCUCAAUUAUUUAGCAAGAUGCGUUCGUGUCCAACUCCUGACUGCAGCUGGAUCUCACUGGGACUGUUACAGAUCCACCCAAGAGAAAACAAAGCUAACACGAUCGUCACCACUAAAGCGAACGGACACCAAACAGAUCCGCUGUACCCUUCCCUCCUGCUAAGUUUCUAGCUGUCGCGGUACUGGGGAGUCAGCAGCCGGGUCCUGUCCGCCACCAUUGCGUCCUGGUCUCUGUAGUCCCUCAAGCUUUGCAAGAAAGACUUUGUCCCUUCUGGGUGACGCUCUCCAGGGAGGCAGGUAGGCUCCAGGUGGUCCCCCCCGGAGGUUUAGCACGCGGGGGCUUAUUCGGUUGGGUGGGGAAGCCUCAGGCACAGGAAAUUCGCUCGCUUCACCUUUGCCUUGCCGUGUGCACUGAUUCUCCAGACACCAUUAGCAAGCCGAGAGCAGCGCCGUGUGCAUUACGUCCAUUUUGUCGCUGCACCGCUAACCCAGAGACUCGUGUGGACUCUUCCAGCACCGCAGGUGUCAUUCCUGUCCGGCGUUUUCUUUCCCAUAGUGUUGCAUUCAGCGUUUUGUCUCUGUUCUGUCUUCACUUCCAAGAGGAUCUGAGUUGGUACAAACAUGUACAGUAUACACACUUUGUGAUUUGUACAAUUCCCUGGUUGCCAUCCUUGAAGACACUUGCUGGGAAGAUCUUUAAGACACUUAAUUUUCCUUUAGCUUUUCUAUAAUUCUGAUGUAAAGGACUUUCUCUGUACAGUAUAUUAUUCAAUGCAUGUUCUGUUCUCUCUACUGAUAUAUUGAACACCACACAGUUGUGAUAUUGUGCAGUGGGGAGAGCAACCCCUGCCGACAGCGGAGGCCUUCGCCUCUCAUGUAUAAGGAAAGAAGAAAACAUAUUUUUUCCUUUGCUGUAUUUGCUUGAGCAGAGUUUUCUUGUCUGUACAUGUGAGCUGUGAGAUAGAUGUGAAAAGUUCAAAAGAAUGCAUUUCCCCCCCACCCCAAUGUAUACAGAUUGUAAUCUGUACAAUGAAAACUGUAUGUAUGAAAAAAAAAUGUACUUAUUUAUAAAUGGUUAACACUU